UGGCUGAGGGACUCUGGGAGUUGAAGUCCACAAGUCUUAAAGGGACCAAAGGUUGGAGACCCCUGGUCUAGAUGACCAGGAACAGUGGCGGGAUUCAAAUAAUUUAACAACCGGUUCUCUGCCCUAAUAAUGACCAGCUGGGUGGCGUGGUUCGGUGGUCAUGUGACCGUGUGGGCGUGGCCAACUCAAUGUCUUUCACAUCCAUGGGCGCUUCGUGUUACAGUGUAAUAAGGCUUAACCAGAGAGGCAGUUUCAGUAAGCGGGGCAAUAAAGAUGAGGCUAGAAACACCUCCAGAAUGUUUCCUUCCUGCCUUCCGUACAGGAUUAGCCCUGUAAAGUGGGGAAAAAAAACAAAAAACAAUAUUUCUUCCAACAACCGGUUCUCCGAACUGCUUAGAAAGUUAACAAACGGUUCUUCCGGAGAGGGCCUCCUGGGGAUGCCAGCACCAAGCCACGACGAUGCUGCCCCCACCGCAGAAAGGGUGCGAGAAAUCAUCGGGAAGGACCUCUUGGCCGCUGAUCUGAAAUGCAGCCUUUUUGCUUCCGCCCUGCAAAGCUACAAGAGGGACUCUGUCCUCCGGCCGUUCCCAGGACACUAUUCCGCCGGGGACAGUAAAGAUUUUGAAGCUCUGCUUGCAGAUACAAGUGCAUUAGGGAGCUUGCAAGAACUCUUGGAUUCUCCCCAAAAUCCUGACCAAAAAACUUUGGAGCUGCUCCAUUGGAUCCUGUCCUCUAAGGCCUGGUGCAUCCACUCCACCAACAAAAACAAGUAUGAGAAAAUCCAGGAAUUGAUGGGAGCUCCCAACAUGCCUGUCCCGGUGCCAGACUUCCUGUUUGAAAUCACUUACUGCAAAGAAAUGAAUGCCAAAUUUGAGGAUACUCAGGCGGGAAGAGACCUCAUCUAUGCCUUCCACGGGAGCCGCUUGGAGAACUUCCAUUCCAUCAUGCACAACGGGUUGCAGUGCCAUUUGAACAGGACGUCCUUGUUUGGGGAAGGCACCUAUCUGACCAGCGACUUAAGCCUGGCCCUCCUCUACAGCCCGCACAGUCUAGGCUGGCAGCGAAGCGCGAUGGGCCCGAUUCUCAGCUGUGUCGCAGUUUGUGAGGUUAUUGAUCAUCCAGAUGUCAAGUGCCAAGUGAAGAAAAAAGACUCUACAGAAAUUGACAGGAAGAGAGCCAGGGUGAAGAACAGUGAAGGCGGUGAUGUCCCUCAGAAAUAUUUUGUCGUUACAAACAACCAGCUGAUACGGGUGAAAUAUUUGCUAAUAUAUUCGCAGAGGCAGCACCGAAGGGCCUAUGCAGAGGUCAGCGAUGGUGGAUGGAACCUUGACACCAAGUGGAGAUUUCUGAGAAGCUGAAGGCGAAGAAAGACAACAUCGUCAGAAACCUGCAAGGUCCCUUCCAGCUCUACUCUGACUGGUCCAGGUCCAGGUCCAGCAAAAAGAACUGGAGACUCACAGAAAAUUACAGUCCCAUCAAGGAAUGUGCCAGAAGACUCAACGGUUUUGAUCCGCAACCUAUGUCCUCUGAGCAUUGAAAGGCUACCCAUCCUAAAGAUUUCUCCUCCUCUCUUCUACAGAGGCUCUUAGGACAGUAAUGACAGAGCCAGGAGCAAAAAAGGAGGAGGGAAGGGCACAGUCCCACCUAAAAGCCUCAACCAGAAUUCCUCUAGUUCCUGAGGUUUUCUUUUGCACAAGAUGUUCCCUUUCCUUCCUUUUCUUUAUUUAUAUUUGUAUCCCUUCCAUUCUAGUGCACAACACAAAAACACACAGACACACCUCCUGUUCUUACCUCCUGUUCCUGGACUCACUUUUCGCUAGCCACCUGGAAUAACUUCUUUAAGGCCUUUCCAUUGAAGCAUGAGAACUUGGCAGCAAAUCCCCAUAGAUUUCUGAAAGAAGGUAGCCGUCGACUUACAACACCUCGUUUAGCGACCAUUCAAAGCUACCAGACUCAUAAUGUUGAGAAGAGCUAAGCUGAUUUUGUAACUAAAUAGCUGCUGCUCUCCUGAGGCAAAGGCGUAUUUUCUAGGAUAAAUGACCAGCCCUCGUUGACUUUCCCCCUUUUGGUUCCUGGAGAAGACUCACAAUGUUGGAGGUUCCUUGGGUCUCAUAUUCUUCAUCCCAAUCCUCUCCCGUGAUGUAUAUAGGACCCUGUGGAAAGAGAAGAGGAGAUAGCAUCCCUCAUGAAACAGCCCAGCAUGGGAAGGAUUUGUGUGGGUGUGUGUACUAAGAUUGUGUACCUCAAACUGUGAAAACAGAUCAUCCGUUGCACUUGUGGAUGGUUCAUUCUCUUCUGCCUCAGCCAGGCGUAAGACUUCCUCAGUGUCCAUUUCCUAGAAGCAGAGGCAAGAGUGCAAUCAGACACAUACCAAUAUGAAUUUUUUAAUAUUGUUCUUCUAAAGUUCUGACACAGAAAUGAAUUGGACUGAGUUGAAUAUCUGCCAAUUUAAAUGACAUCCCAAGGAGAAUCAAGAUAGCUUUUAAUUCCUGGUGCAGCCAAGAAGAGGUGCAGAAAUCUCUCUUGGAUCUGUCCUUAGUUCAAUGACUCACUGGACCUUUUAAAAGGACCAGGAAGGGACAGGUAUCAAGGACCAACAUGCUGCAAAUCAAAAGCUACCGGCUUCUAAUACCUUACAACAAAAGUAGAAGUUAUCCUGCCAGGAUUAUUUACCUUUGGGGAAGUAGAUAUCUCGUUUUCAGCUGUGUCUACCAAGGCAGCCCCUUUAGAAGAACUUCCUAAUAUCUACCAACCCCACCCCACCACUGCCACCCUCCCCCAAAUUCCCUCUACCUAUAUUAUUUAACUGCCAACUAUUUCAAAAAACAACAAAACAAAUAACCACAAUUUUCUUUGCCAGCCUAUCCAAUAUGGAAAGGCAGGAUUUGAAAACCUGAAAUCCUGAACUGGGCCAACUGACGAACAGCCAGACGCUCCUCCUUGCUGGCCAGUUUAGUAGGCCCUAUCUUUACUUGUCCAAACCCUUUCCCCACUCCCCUUUAGAAGAACUUCCUAAUAUCUAACUAACAACCCCACCCCACCACCGCCACCCAACCCCCAAUUCCCUCUACCUAUAUUAUUUAACUACAUUAUUUAAUUAUUUAACUAUUUCAAAAAACAGCAAAACAAAUAACCUCCAUUCUCUUUGCCAGACUAUCCAAUCUGGAACAGCCAACUGAUGAACAGCCAGAUGUGAUAUAUGUCUGCUCGACAAUUUGGCCAAAUUCAAACUGCUCAGUUCCUACAAUCCUUAGUAAUAACUGAAACUCAACUGGUGUGGGCUAUUCAAACGGACCAAUAGGAAGCCUCCCCUCCCCUAACUGCCUUCAUUUCCAGGUUCUAAAUUCCGUUGCUCAGUGAGCUCAGAGUCAACUGACAGGGCAGGCAGCCAAUCUGGUCCAUGCUUCAGAUGACUGGAUUUCUAGUCC